GAUAGUUAUUAGCUAAGUGUUUAGGACUGAAAGAGAAGACGGCUAACUAAGGCUAGCGCAAUUAGCUAAAUGAUGCUAAUCGCGAGCUAGCGUUUUAGCGCCAUUGUAGCAUCAGUAACCUGGCCUGAGAAUUGCAUUGUCCCAUGUAAUAUUCCAUACAUGUUGUGUCCAGUGACAGAUGUAAACAGUUGUGUGUGUGUGUGUGUGUGAGCAUGUAUAGUUUCAGGUUGUCUGUUCACAAUUAAUGUAAUUCUUGUCAAAAAGCAAGCAAGUUAGACCAGCGGCACACAGACAGUUAAGUUGUGACGCAGUUGUUAAUAGACUGUCUUGGUGUGUUCACAGGCAAUAAAAGCAUCUGAAAUACUGAAUAGCAACUGUCAUCCUUCCGUGUGUAACACUGUAAUACCCAUUUUGGCCACAAGAGGCUGACGUGAACCAUUCCAGGCGAAAUAUUCAGACGAUGGCUCCAGAGUUCCUCGUCGCUCUGUCGGACGUGGUGUGUGCGUUCGGGGAGACCGUGGUCCUCUGCUGUAAAGUGUGUGGACGACCCAAACCCUCCGUCACCCUGAAGGGCCCCGACCAGAACCCCGUGACCAGCAACAACCGCUUCACCAUCGACAUCAGGGACACAGGCGACAUCUUGUUGAAGAUCUGCAAUCUGAUGCCUCAGGACACCGGCAUCUACACCUGCGUAGCCGUUAACGACCACGGCUCCGCCUCCUCCUCCGCCUCCAUUAAAGUUCAAGUGUGUGUGUGUGUGUGUGUGUGUGAGAGAGAGAGAGAGAGAGAGUGAUCGCCCCCCCCCCCUCUCAUCUCCUGCAGGUAUCCCAGCAUCCCCUGGGAGGCCGGUGGCCCAGGAGGGCAGCAGCACGGCGGUGAUGAUCCACUGGUCGCCUCCGGCUUCAUCCGCUCACUGUGCCGUCAGCAGCUACACUGUGGAGUACCGACAGGAAGACUCUGGGUACGAUGGAACUGGGAUCCAGUGGAAAGAGAACUUUGAGUCCACCUUCUCCGAGAUCUGUGAGAUUGGAAGGGGGCGGUUUUCAGUGGUGAGAAAAUGUCUCAACAAGUCUACAAAGAAAGAGGUUGCGGUGAAGUUUGUGAGUAAGAAGAUGCAGAAGAAGGAGCAGGUGGCUCAUGAGGCGGACGUCCUCCAACACGUACAGCAUCACCAGCUGGUGGCGCUGUUGGACACCUACGAGUCUCCCACCUCUCUAAUGCUGAUCCUGGAGCAGCUGGAGGAUGGUCGUUUACUCGAUUACCUCGUUGCCCACGAUGAGCUGAUGGAGGAGAAGGUGGCGUUCUUCAUCAGAGAGACACUCGAGGCCCUGCAGCACCUUCAUACCUGCAGAGUGGUUCACCUGGAUCUGAAGCCUGAGAACAUCAUGGUGGACCUCCACUCUCCCACCCCGGGCAUCAAGCUCAUCGACCUCGGCGACGCCGUGCAGCUGUCCGCCCACCGCCGGUACGUCCACCUCCUGCUCGGGAACCCGGAGUUCGCCGCGCCCGAGCUCAUCCGCGGGACGCCGGUCUCCGUCGCCACGGACGUGUGGAGCGUCGGCGUGCUGGCCUACGUGGCGCUCAGCGGCGUGUCCCCGUUCCUGGACGAGUCGCCGGAGGAGACCUGCGUCAACAUCUGCCGCCUGGACUUCUGCUUCCCGGACGAGUACUUCCGCGACGUGAGCCAGGCGGCGAGGGACUUCGUGUCCUCGGCGCUGCAGCAGGAUCCCAGGAAGAGGCCGAGCGCUACUUCCUGCCUGCAGCACCCGUGGGUGGGCCGCGGGGGUGCGCACGGCGGGGAGUACUCCAAGACGCCGCUGGACACGACGCGAUUGGCCACAUUUAUUGACCGACGGAGACAGCUGCAUGACGUGCGGCCCGUCACUAACAUCAAAGGGCUGGUGAGCAGCAGCUUGGGCAACACGCUGUGACGGACAGGAGCUCCGAGUGUCACCCACAACAACACUGCUGUGUAUUAUAAGCAUUUAAUGAUCUUUAGUAUUUAUUAAUGCGUGAGUGGGGAAGGGAUCUACGUCUUCAUAAAGGACCACGAGGCCACUCUGUCGACCACUAAACUUAAAAGCAGAAGAAAUAAUUAAAAUUCAUGAUAGUCUGCAAUUAAAUAUCAAACAAACACAUUCAUUUGAUCUUUUGUUCCCCCGGUAACAACCAUUAGACUUGAAGCAGGGCCCCAUAAGCAGCCUAGAACCCCCAUGAGAACCCAAAGAACCUCAAAGUUGAGGAAAUUAGCAUUUAGAAAAACACACUGUGAGCGGGCUUAAUGUCAACAUAUUAGUUUAUAUUUGUAAUGUUUAUUUUUUCAGGGACAGAUGUUAUAUUGGAGGCAGGAGACCAUUGUGUUAAAGGGGGGGUAGUUUCAUUCGGCCUGUUGCUCAGGGGCUCUGGGGCAACUGUCCCACGCUCUGCUAACAUGUUGUAGCCAACGCGUCUGAACAUAUUUUUAAAAAAAGCUUUUCGUGACACUUUGAGCCCACAGGAGUACAAAAAUGGUAAAAUCGCUAAAAGCAAAACCGCCAACAAUGUCUUCGAUCUGAUUUUGUGUCACGAGAAACUCCCACGGAGGAUUUAAAGCUGCAGUGUGCAGGUCAUGGCGCCAUCUAGAGGCGAGGUCGCAGAUUGUAACCAACUGAAAGCGGGCGUGUCGGAGAACUACCGUGGCAUGCUAAAGUUUGGUUUGGCCUUUCUGGGCUUCCGUAGGAAAAAACACAGCGGACUUAGUGGUCUUUUAUGCAGAUAUAUAUAUUUUUAAAAAAAAGGCUUUCUCUGGUAACAAAUGCAUAACAAUUGGUAGUUUCAGGUGAUUAUACACAAGAGUAAACAUACUUAUAUCUAUAUUCUAUUUCAGCAAACGGAUAAACGUAAAUGCAACAAAAUGUUCCUUUUUUAAUGAGUCUAAACUGGUUGAAAAGGAAUCUGAUGGAGUUGGUAAAUGGCGGCUUAGUUGGGGUUCUUUUCCUGAGGUCGAUAUUUCGCUAAAGAUCGCUUUGCCUUUUUUUUUGUUGAGAAAACUUCACGAAUGAAAUCCGGGUGCAACGAGCAGGUUUUCCCCUCGAUGGCGUGGAUGUUACUCGUAUCGAUGCUCAUGAAUGUUCUUACGGUCCACAUCUCCGCUAACGUUCAUUCUACGUUCUCCUCGUUUGUCCAAGUCUCUCGUGGGAAAUCCUCUCAACAAAAGUAAUUAUUUAAUAAAGAUUUAAGCAUAACGGAACCCACCCUCCCCCCCGCAUGUUAACAACAGUGGCUGUGAUUUUAAACCACCAACACUGGAAAGCUCCUUGGAAAAGACUGGUACGCAACAGCGUCGAACCUCGCUGCGAUAUACCUUUUUUAAAAUGUAUUUAUUAUCAUAUGUUUAUUUAUUUCAGGACUUGUGUUGGGUUUGAAAUGUUCGCCGUUUGCCCCGGAGCGACCCGGCCUACCCGCUGAAGUCGCUAAACAGCUGCUGGACUGUGCAGCGGCGGAGUUUACGCCGUGAAUAGUGUUGUGAGUUUACAUCCAAGUCACCGACGGAUAGAAAGCUGAACUGUUGCCGUCAUGAACCACAACGAACUGCAGUUGAGUGGGAAAAGACACAAAGAAAUCACGGAUUAACCUCGGAGAGCAAGACGAUGGACUACACGGGAACACUACAAUUUAAAUUGUUUCACUGUUUACAAAAAACAUCAACUAAAAAAAGGUUAGGUAGUUUACAAAAAUAUGUAGAAUAAUCAGGGAAUAGGGUUAGAAAUCAGGUGAGAAAUCUUGUUUUCUUGAACCGAACCUGUUGAGAAUUCUCCGUUUUCCGUUUGUACAUUUUGUCUACCAGCCACUGUGUCGAGUAACCGAUCAGAGUGUUCGGGUUCAUUGAUCUUGUAAAAUAGUUAAUGCGGCUGUUGAAUCGGCCUCUGAUUUAGACGGAAGAGUCUGUUUACUUGUCUUGUUUCUACUGAUGAAUGUACAAAAAAAAGAAAAAGAAAUGUAGAAUGUGUUCUGCCGUCACAAGUGCUGUCCUCUGCUUUCACCAAAAUGCUUUCACAAUGCCCCCUUUCUGGACAUUUUGCACCCCCACC